UCGCUUACGGUAAUGAACGAUCACGUGGUCGUUAUUUUCUUGACGUGACCAUGAUGAACGCACAACAGCCUACCGUACCUUCAGCCCUACUUCCCGAAAUUCUCGAGUUUUCCCCCCAGCUCCUACUCGACGACAUUAUCAACUAUGCAAACGAAGCGAUAACAAACACCGUUGAUGCCUUAGAGGGCUUCCUGUUUCGCUGGGCGUCUGAGCGAGAACAAAGAGUUCAAGAGGAUUGGGAUAGCACGCAAGAAGUGGAACAGGGCCUUGUCGCUUUCCAAACGCUUUUGGAAUCCCACACGGACAUUGCCUUUGACUUUUUUGAGACAUGGUCGCUUCGUAACAUAUUUGCUAUUCCUGCCGAUCUUCCCGUCGUCGUGCCUCACCAAGAGAACCUCGAUCUCGAUUGCCCCCCAGAACGCGAAACAGAGCUCAUGACAGAGAUAGAUGAAUUGCGAAGAAAGCUAGACGCUCAACGUCGCUUGAAGCGUUUGUUGACUCGUGCAGUCCGCUUGUCUUCAGCAAAACGCCGUCGGUCUGAAUCUCGCCUAGAACAGCUCUCUUUCCUUCGGGCUCCCCAAGUUUCUGAUCUCAUGAGCCUUCCAGAGCAGUACCGCUCGAUGUUCUCAGUAGUAUCGUCCCUUCCGCCUCUUACACCUGAAGCUGUCGCUGCCUUUUCGCAAUCGCCGUUGGCAGACCCUGGCAAACGGCCAUGGGAAGUCAGCAAGAUGGGUUAUCUCGACUGGGCCAGCAAACAGGUGCUUGCCAAAGCACAGCAAUCUGACGGUGGUGCUGGUAGCUCAACAGUAGGAUCGCUGGUGGAAUCAACUGCCGCGGUGUCGAAGACUGAAGAUCUCAGGCGAUUGUUGGAGGUAAACUCCGCCUUAGAGAAUGCCUAAUCACUACGGCGUGCGAACCGUGACACCAUUCUAUGUCAUAAUUUGUAGUGGAAGGAUGAGUAUUUUAUUGUAAGAAGGUAAUUUGUAUAACAAAGCAUAGCCUUCUUAGGGAAGAGCUCCAAGAACUAAAAAGCGAUUUCAACGUGUGCUAGGUAGAGUGUUACGGGCCGGGUGUUUACUCCAUGACCAGCUAUAUUAGUACAGGUGGUACUGCUAUUUCUUCAAGUGCAGCACACUGUUUACGAAUUGCUUGACAAGCAGUUAGACCGCUAUUCCUUCCGGUUGUAACAACCUGUGCUGUGAUUAUCAGACGUGACAACUAUUAUCCCUUCUUCACGCGCAGACGUCACAUGUGUGUCCCGGUCACCGCUAAACGAACGUAGCAGCAACGCAUCGUAUGAUAUAUCGGAUCCACGUCAACACGUCGAGAAG